AUGGCUUCUCUUUGGAGCUCACUGGAGAAAGAUAUGUUCAACCAGCUGGAAGCCAUCCACGUCUGGAAGGCAGGGAAGAAGAAGAUGUUCAUUCUUUCCAUUGUGGUGUACACAUAUUGGCCAAGCCAGGUGUUUCUGGUGAAGUUCAAGGUGGACCAAGGAGAACAGUACAAGAUAGCCAGCUGGUGGCCUCUAGAACAGCUGAAGCUGGUGGAUGGCAAGAGUCUCAGUCAGGCCAGCCUGGAGUUCGACCUGCAUUUCAGUAAGGUCUACAGGUGGACUGCUCGCAGCUUUGAUGAGAAGAAAACCUUUCUCAGGUGCCUGUGGAAGCUGAAGCAGCACUUCCCCUCCAGCUCCAUCACCUUUGUCAAUGUCUCCUCCUGUGCAGCAGAAGGGAGACAAAGUCCCCAGGAAGAAAGGAAGGGCACAGUAGAGGCCAAGAGUCAGGAGGAGCUCAGUGCCUACCAGGAGAUGACACCAAAGGAAGCUGCAGAUGUGAUGAAGCUGAUGGAGGAGUACAAGCCCUUUGUGAAUAACUCCAUGGCCUUUGCAGAGCAGCUAAGCAAGGAUCUCCACGUGCUGGAUGAGGCCAACCUUAGAGCCAUGAUCUCUUCUGAGAAGCAAGUGACACAGCUGAUGACCUUCAUUGACGAAGCCCUAGCAGAGGUGGCCAGAGUGGAGGAGACCUUGCAGGUCUGGGAUGAGUUACUGGGAGGUGUGAAGCAGCAGAUGGACCAGAUCUACCAAGAAAACUCCUUGCUCCAGCGCAUCAUUUCCAACGAGCAGAGGCUGAUGGAUGAGAUCCUCUUCCUCACAACCCACCUCGACCUCAGCAGGGAACACUGCGAUGUCCUCCGCCGGGCAGAUCUUUCCAGCCCCAGCAGCGUGGAAGCCUGCACGGCUGCAGCAGAGGCUUUGGCUGGCUGCAUGAGCACCCAGAUACAGCCUGGUUAUAGGAAACUGCAGUCUGUGGCUGAGCAGCUGAUCCUCUUUGAAAGCCUCAAGCAGAACUUGGAAAGUUCUUUCAUCACUCACAUUACCAACAUCUUCAAGCUCCAGGGUAACGUUCAGGUCUCCUCUCCCAGUCAGCCCAUUGACAAGCUGUGUGCACCAAGCCAUGAGCUCCACCACGAGCAGCUGCUGCCCUACACCCCACUCAUGGCCUGGCUGAGGAAUGCCAACCUAGCUUUGUUCUGUGAUCUGCCCAAGGUCUAUGCCCAGAACCUCAGCAGGCUCUAUGAGCAGGAAAUCAAAGCCUUCUUUGAACGUGCCCAGACCUUCUUGCUAGGAAGAAGAAAAGGAAGUCUUCAGGAAAGCUUGGAGAAGCUGCUGGGCAGCAGGCAGCAGUCUCGCUGGAGCCUCCUUGGGAGCAGGGAUGGUCAGGCAGACACACCAACCAAAGACAAUGUCAUCAAGCAGGUGCUGGGGCAGGUGCUGAGAGAGCUGCAACCUCUUUGCACUGCUGAGCAGCAGUUCAUUGAGAAGUUCUUCCAGCUAAGCCACAGUGCUGCAGAGCUUCAGGUGCUGGAGGUAAAAGGCAACUUGGCAUCUCCAGAGGAGCUCCUUUGCCCCAAGCCUCAGAGCCAGCUGGAAGAAGCUCUCAUGCAGCUGCUGAGUGAGAUCUUCAGCUGCCUGGAAGCAGAGCUGAGAGGACUUCUGGAUGUCUGCAGUAAGGUUCACCCAUUCAGCUGCUUGCAGGUCCUGGUUACCUUGAAUGACUUCAUCUUGGAGGAGUGGGGCUCUUCCUCAGCUCUCCACUCAUCCUUCCUCAGCACCAUCCUGGCCAACCUGCUGCUGCUGGCCAAGAGCAACUUCAAAAGAUGCAUUGGGACCUUGUGCACAGAGAUGGAGGCGGCAAAGAUGCCCAGCAGGAUGAAAGGAGGGAUCCUGCCCUCUGUCAGCUGCUUCGAGGAGUUUGUGAACUUCUCUGAGGAGGUGUGCAGGACAGCAAGGUGGAGAAGGGAGCUGGACAAAGCACACCUCAGGCUGGCCAGAAGUGUCCUCAGCAGCAUCAACAGCCUGUCCUCAGCAAACCUGAAAGUGAGCACAGAUAUGGUUAUGAUGGAAAAUUUCCACCACAUUCACUGCUUCCUGUGUCAAAAGGAGAUCCUCUGCCUGGAGGGCGUGAAGAAAGAAGCCAAGCAGAGGUACAGUGAGCACAUGGAGAAAUACAUCAUCCAGAACCUGGGCCAGCCACUGGAGAAGCUCCAUCACUUCUUUGAAGGGGUGAAAGCUUGUGUGGCUCAAGGGGUGAAAGAAGAAGAGGUCAGCUUCCAGCUAGCCUACAGCAAGCAAGAGCUGAGGAAGGUCAUUGAGAAAUACCCUGGCAAGGAGGUGAAAAGAGCCCUUGAGACCCUCUACAGGACAACCCAGAAGCAUCUCUCCCCAGAGGAAAACCUUCUGCAGGUGGUGUGGCAGGCCAUGCAGCAGGAGCUCAUAGGGCAGUACCAGGAGUUCCAGCACCUGAUUCAGUGCUGCUACGCAGGGGCAGGCAUCGCCAUGGACUUCACCUUGGAGGACUUGCUCAGCUACUUCAACUCCAGCACUCUCUGCAACAUGUAG